CAGUAGUCGGCACACUUGACCGAAUAGGAAUUCGCGUUCGAAACAACAAGUGUUUAUUUUAACCUCACUUGUAGUGUUAUGUGUGCCACUGUGUAAAAUCAGUAAAAACCAAAACCAAAUAUUCUUAACUCUUGCAAAACGCUCACUGAUAACGUUCUUAAGCAUAAUGAGUUAUUAAUUCCCUUUACGCAACCAUGAGUAUGCAAUUAAAACUACUCGACCACAUCCAGCUAAACAACCAUGUUUAUGCAAACUUUGCCUGUGAUUAUUCGGAAGAUGGAAAAAUCUUCCUCUUGUUGGAGAAUGGAGUGUGUAUCUUGACCCUGAAGGGUUCGGUUGAAAACGUAUUCCCAAAGUUUUCCUUCAAGAAGGAUCUGAUUACGUUAUCAGAUGCCAACAUUUGUGAAAAUUUGGACAUAGAUUUGUCUUCUUUUUUGAAUGAUUUGACUCGACAUAACUUAUAUGAAGCGAUUUUGGAUGUGGGUUUAUCAGGAGAUGGUGUCAAUACCACACCUACGCCCCCAAGACCCGUUCAGGCAAUGUGGUCUCCAAGGGGGGUUGUGGAGAAGACCGAAGGUGCUCUGGCUAUUCUAACAAACCUCAACAAUAUUGAAGUAUACGUUGAAGUCAUCGAUGAGAACGAAAUCAGCAGUUUUAUUCGGGUCGCGAAUUUUUCCAAAGAUGUUACAGACUAUUACAGGCGGAGUUGGAAGAAAGUUGAAACGCCUAAUGCAGAUAAUAUUUUGGAUGAACUGAAGAGGAGGGUCGACCUGGUCGCACCCACGGCUUUUACAUGGAGCCAUGUGAUACUUAAGGACAGAAAAGCGUGUUGUAUUUUAUUUGUCGGUCAUAGAGAUGGUGCUAUCACAGCUUGGCGAUUCGUAGAACGCAAAGCUAGUGAAAUCUACGAAUCGAGGUUGCAAUUUUUAGAAAGAUACAACACAAAAUUGGGUAAAAUUACAGCAUUGCAUUGGUUUUGCCGGAAAUCGGAUGCUGGCGGUUUAUCACUUGGUGAUGUUAAUGGUCACAUAGGCGCACUUUCUGUUUCAAAACUGUCCACAGAUAAAAUCAAGUUUAGCGAUGAGGUGGUUUUUAAUUCUGAAAGUGACUUAAAAGUGGACAAAUUAAGUAUCGUCAACUACCAGAAUAUAACGUACAUGAUUGCAGUAAAGCAGAAUUUUUUUCAAAUUUAUGCGAUUAAUUGUUACGGGGAGGUUUUUGGAGGGAAGCUGAUACAAGUUGGCAACUUGUACAUCACCGGGGUCCUACAUUAUGAAAAGAACGUCUUGCUGGUUCUUAGUUUAUGCGGCCAAUUAAAACAAAUAGAAUUAUCAGUGGUUGAUAACGAAGUUUGUGUUACGGAAAAAAUAAUUCAGCUAAACAUCGACACCAAUAAAUACCGAACUCAUGGAUUCCUAUUCUCACCGAAUAAAGUUUUCCUCGGUAUACUUGCAUAUCCUUGCCAAAUAAAAGACAUAAGUCGGGGAAAAAACUUCGUCAACUUUUUUGUAUUCGGUAACAAAUCCAAAGACCCCUUCCAGACUUUAAUGAAUAUUCGCGCGCCCAGUAUUAGGGAUUAUUGGGACUGUUUUGAAACGUUAAGAGUAAAUUGUUUGCAAGAAAAAGUCUUUCCUUGGAAAGGCAUCGAUCGUAAUUUAAAUUACGACACUUUACCGUUAUUAAAGUUAAAAAUACUGCGCUGGAUUGCCAAAUUAUCGGAAAAAAUAUAUCCAAUGAUUUCACGAGUUGAAGAAUAUCAUAUCAAAGCGUACGUUUUGUUGAAUUACGCUGUCGAUAUUAAAUUAGCAGUGCAACGAAUGACAAAAUUGUUGAAUAUUUAUUUCUCCGAAAAAAAACUCUCACUGUUUCAAAUGCAAAGCUUGGACUUGCUUAAUUUCUUUUUGAAAGAAAUGGUGGUCAAAGACGUACUAACUAAGGCAAAUUUGGGCGAAACAUUCAUUGAUGAAAUCUUCAACGUUGUUAAGAUAGCCAACGAACUGCAAUACCCACCAAUGCCUCAGUGUCUAUGGUGUGGAGAAAAUAUCCUUUUUUUUUAAUUACAAUGUGUGGGAUAGUUAAUACGAAAAAAACCUUAAUUAUCACACAGAUCAUAGGUUCGUCUUGUGUACCUUUUCACGCUGAUAGCAGAUGUGCCAUCUCCCUAAUGCCCCUAAACCUCACCCCUGGCUACAAGUGUCCGUUUUGUAAAUGUGUGGUAAGCAAGGAAAUCGACAAGGAGUACUACCCCAUUUUUUGCCCCUACUGUGAUAUCCCCAUGAAACGCCGCUGUUUCGAUCGAAAGUACAAAAAAAGCACAGAUGAUGCAAGCGAAACAACCAAACUUGAAGACAUCAUCACUUCAGAAUGUAGCAGCGAUUGCCUCCAAGAAAACAUCCAUUUCAGCGACAUUGAAGAAAACACCGUUGAUUAUAUCGUGCUAACUGACAGCGAAGACGAGAAAGAAGACUCAGUUAAGGAACUCUAUUCGAAAAUUUUGAAACUUUCAGUUAAUACACCUGAAGAGUUCGACCAAUCCGCCUCAUUGUCUAACACAAAGAAAGGGCAGGAGUUGGAUCAAGGUGAGAAACAAACCGAGGCUGAAGACGUGGACGACGAGGAAGAGGACGAGCAAAUUGAAGAAGAGGGUGAAGACCCAGCUGAUGAAAAUUACGAUGGCAAUGCAGAUGAGGAUUGAGAUUUUUGUAAUUGAAAAUAUUGGUAAGGUAAUAAAUUUUAACGAUGGUUAAAA